AUGUCAGACGACGCCCCCAAUACUGAUGAAACUCCUGUCACCUUCAAUAUCAAGUCGUCUGCCGAUGCGAAAUAUGUCAUAACGAUUCCACUGUCUACCACUGUCUCAGACCUCAAACAGAAACUAUCUACCUCGGACUAUGCAGACAUCCCGACUGACCGCCAACGAUUGAUAUACAGUGGCCGUGUGCUCAAGGAUGCGGAUACCCUCGCAUCUUACAAGAUCAAAGAGGGGAACACAAUACACCUGGUCAAAGGAGCAGCUAGUAACCAACGGCAGAACCCGCCCAAUUCAGGGACAAGCAAUGUCCCCGGAAGUUCACCACCCGCAGGUGGUGUACCUACCAAUAUAGCGGCUGGCACAGGCAGGGAUCCACUUGCUGCUCUUACAGGGGCACGAUACGCAGGGUAUGCACAGAUGCCGAAUGCGAACAUGUUCGGUCCUGAUGGAGGGAUGGGCCCUCCGCCUGAUCCGGACCAGUUCGCAUCUAUGCUAGAGAACCCUCAGUUUGCUUCCCAAUUUAGCGAAGCUCUGUCCAACCCCGACGUGAUAGAGCAGAUGGUUCGAAUGAAUCCCAUGUUUCAAGGGCCCAUGGCACAGCAGGCUCGUGAAAUGCUACGGGACCCAGCUUUUAGGAGAAUGAUGACAGACCCAGAAACCUUAAGAAGUAUGAUGAACAUGAGACGGAAUAUGCCUGGCCUCUUCGGCGGGAUGGGAGGUAUGGGCGGAGCUGGUGGUGGUAAUCAAGCAUUUCCCAUGCCAGGGACUGCCGAAGGCGGAGGCAAUGCGGCAGAGGGACAGCAAGAUCAAGACUCGGCGCCACCGCAACCACAGCCUAAUCCGUUCGCAAUGUUCGGCAAUCCAGCUGCUGGAACAGGUGCAGGAGCUGGUGCGGCCGCAAACCCCUUUGCCUCUAUUUUUGCCGGAGGUUCGGGACCAAUGGGAGGAGACUCGAGGCAGGCAGAGUCACAAGGAGCUCCAAGUCCCACACCAGCAACAGCUACAAAUUCGGGUCAAAAUCCGCCGCAACAACAAGGGCAACAAGCCGCCCAGAAUCCUUUUGCAGCCACAUCUCAAAUGUUCGCACAGAAUCCACAGAUGAUGCAGCAGAUGAUGGCAUCAAUGGGCCUUGGCCAGGCUGGUGCCUUGCCUGGGCCGAACAAUCCAAAUGCUGGUGGAGCUAACCCACAACAAGCGCAGUAUAAUCCUUUCGCAGCUCUUCAAGCAAUGGGUGCCCUCAACGGUGGCGGGCUUGGCGGCUUCAACGCCCCCCCUCAGCCUCAAGAUGAUAGACCGCCGGAGGAGCGCUAUGCGGAGCAGCUGAGGCAACUGAACGAUAUGGGCUUCUACGAAUUUGAGCGGAAUGUGGAAGCAUUGAGGCGUACGGGAGGAAGCGUACAGGGAGCGGUGGAGUACCUACUAACGCAUUGA